AAUGUUUUACUUUGUCCCAACAGUACUCAUGCUAUUGCCUAUAUAUAUUAAACAUCUAACUGUUCGAUCUAUUGCCUAGACAGAGAGAGAGAGAGAAGUAGAUCGAAGAGAGAGAGAGAGAGAUGGAGGAUUUUAAAGGGCUUUGGCACUUGCUCGUCUGUGCCUUUCUCUUUUACUUCGCAAACUGCAUCGUGAUUCCGUCUAUCACAGACGUCACCAUGGAAGCGCUUUGCCCCAGCGAAGACCGGUGCUCACUCGCCAUUUAUCUCACUGGUUUAACGCAGGCUAUCACUGGCUUGGGAACUUUCUUAGUGACACCUGUGAUUGGAAAUCUAUCAGACAAGUACGGUCGGAAGUCCAUGCUCACUCUUCCUAUGACAGUGUGUAUCAUCCCCUUAGUUAUAUUGGCAUUUGGUCGAGGAAGGCCCUUCGUUUAUGCCUACUACGGCAUUAAGAUGCUUACUGGAAUGUUUUGUGAUGGCACCAUGCUAUGCCUCACCCAUGCUUAUGUGGCUGACAAAACAUGCGAGCGGCGACGGAUCUCGGCGUUCGGUGUACUCUCCGGCAUCUGCACCGCUGGAUUCGUAUCAGCAACCCUAACCGCUCGCUUCGUACCGACCUUCCUCACCUUCAAGAUCUCUGCUGCCGUGGCCAUUUCAGCAAUGCUGUACCUGAGAUUCUUCCUUGCUGAAACGGAUGGAGGAGCUUCUCUCGCCGACGAAUCCUGCCGUCCCCUCUGCUCUCCUUCCCCGCUCUCGGAUUCUGAAUCACCUGCAAAGCUGCCGAUCCUUGGGAAGGUCUCAUCGCUGUUGGAUAUGGUUAGCCUUUUCAGAAGUAGCUUGAUACUGUCACGAGCAGCUGUUGUUGCAUUUAUUGAUAGCUUUGGUUCAAGUGGUUUACAGGCUUCUAUACUGUACUUCUUAAAAGCACAGUUCCGAUUCAGCAAAGACCAGUUUGCUGACCUAAUGCUCAUUAGCGGGGUUGCUGGGGCUAUUUCACAGCUGCUUCUUAUGCCUACCUUAGCACCUGCUAUUGGAGAAGAAAUACUUCUUAGUGUUGGUCUCUUCGCAAGUUUUGCAAAUGUUUUACUCACCAGUAUUGCAUGGUCAUCCUGGGUUCCAUAUUUUGCUUCAACCUUUGUGGUUUUGAGUGUGUUCCUUCACCCAUGUCUAAGAACCAUCGUGUCAAAAAGGGUUGGGCCUAAUGACCAGGGCUUGGCACAAGGGGGUAUCACAGGAAUAAGCUCAAUUGCUAACAUAAUAUCUCCCAUGCUUUUUACUCCCCUGACAGCUUUGUUCCUCUCGGAAAAUGCUCCAUUUGACUUCAAGGGAUUCAGCCUUAUGUGCUGUGGAUUUGCUCAUCUUACAGCUUUCUUCCUAAGUGCUACCAUGAUUUCUGCUAUUCGAUCAUCGAAACAGAAUUUUAGCAAUGGCGAAACUACAGCAGUAUAGCUUUAAAAGAAAUUGGAAAAUCGCUAUUGGCACAAAUCUUGUUCUAUACUACCACCCUUGUAUAGAAGAUGAAAGGCCUGCUCAACUAAGAAGUUUUUCAAGUUCUAGUUUUAGAAACCAGAAGGCACUAUGAGAACAGGUCAACUUUCAUGAAUCUAAUUUUCAUACUGUGAAUCCUGUGGGUAAGCAGUGGUUGUCUGUGUUAAGCUUGUUAUUUUUUAGUUUUGAGGUAUGUUAAAUAAUUAUAUUGAGACGAAUUUUAGUGUAAUAGUUGGAAUUUUAUUAAAUAAUAAUAGCUGCUUCAUUUUUUUUUUUC